AUGACCACAAGACGCAACACCGAACCUCACAAUCUACUUCCCCUAACUGAUCCAGAAACUAUCAUCCGAGCUGCGAACGCCGAACGCAGACGAUUGUCCAAUUUACACAACCAGCCAUUUGCCCCCCUACCCUCUCGUCCUAUUCCAUCUCAAGAAGAUAUGUUGGACGCAGCCGCCACGCCUGGUACCCAAGAACAGACCACCGACACUGCUCGUACAGCCGACGCGACCGACAUCAGCACUGCCAAGGACUGGUUCAAAGCUGUCCUCAAGAUCCAGCACUCGUCGAUUGCCCAGGCUCAGGAGGAUCGACGACAGGCCCUCGACGACCGGCGAGCGGAUCGACAAAUUUUUCUGGCAGCUCAUCAAGCCAACGCCACUCGUAUCGGACGCCUGGAAGACCUUCUUCUGGCCAUGAAUAUCAAGAACGAGGUUGCAACACGACCGGAGCAAUCUACACCAGGUCGGAUCGACCUCCAGAAGUUUCGCACGUCGGACGGCCCAACUUAUCGAGGCCCUUUCCAAGAAACUGAACCCUUCUUACGCUGGAUCCACGGCGUACAGAUAUUCUUCGACACUAAGGACGUCAGCAACUCGGCUGAUAGGAUCAAAAUCAUCGGUAACCUCAUCGCGGAAACCAACCUCCAAUCAUUCUAUGCCAACGAGGCAACCGGCUUCCUCACCAAAUCAUGGAGCGAAUUCAAAAUACGUAUGUUCAACUUCGCGCUGCCCACCAACUGGCGGUCUGGACUACAACGCCAAGUACGGAAACUCGAGAUGUUACCAAGCGAAACCUUUCUCGAGUACAGCACAAGGGCACGAACGCUGCAGAGUCUGUUUAACUUCGAUGCCGUGGCUUCUUCCAAACUGGGCGACCUCCAAUUGGCACAAUUUGUCGUCUAUGGACUACCGGAUUCACUCCAAGAUCGCAUCAACGAGCGACAACUCCUCGAGACGGUCCCAUUUGUUUACGGACCGUUUGAGAAGCAAACUAACGCCUCAUUCCUAGCAUUGCACCGUCCAUCGGAAACCUCAACUCAUCCAAAACCGCCGUCUGCAGCUCCUCCCCUGAACCGCGACGAAUUCAUUUGGCGAGUUCGAUCGUACCUUGACUCACGGGGUCUUUGCCAUUUUUGCAAGAAACAUUGUGGCAACGCAAAUGGUACUUGCCCAGGCCCCCUCAACAGAGCUCAUGUAGACAUCCCGACUAGAUAUCAGGCACCCCCAAAACCGACCGACUACUCAGCCCCGCGCGCCUGGAGUGGACCAUCUGGACCGUCGGCCACUCCAGGGAAGUCCACACAACCGCCGGCCGGCCGUCCUGCAACUUGCGCCGCAAGUGUAGCGGGUAUCACGGAUGCCACACCCCUUGAAGCUCAGGUCUUGGCGCUGAAACUGGACGCAGCAAUGCGGGAGGACGGCCGCUGGGAUACUUACUUUGACGACGAAGGUUGUUUCCCCAGUCUCGACCCGGCCGCUGUAGCAGCACUUGAGGACCUCGACAACCAACUCCUGGCAAAUGAAAUCAAGAAGGCAGAACAAGCCGACCUGGCGGCUGCCAUUGCCGGUCACCAAGGACGUGACUGA